AUGGAAGCUUUCUCAAAACAGGCGCAGGCGCAGGCUGCGGCGCACAUGAAAGAUCGCUCAGAGGUAGAAAGUCUCAAGGCUCGCAUACGCGCUGCACAAGAGGAGGCGCAGGAGUUUCGCUCGGUUGCUGCGAAUGCACGGCAAGUUGCGCAAACGCGUUCGCAGGAACGUGCGAUGCAGGAAGCAGAAGCUGACCAGUCAGAUGAUGAUGAAGAUACCAUGCUCCUGAAGCAGAAGAUCAAGGCACAGCAAGACCAGCUUGAUCGGCUUCUGGAGAUUUUCCGUCGACAGCAGGAGCAGGUUGUGAAGCUUCAGGAUCAGCUGAGUGGUCGGGAGGAGGAAAGGCAAAAAGUUCUGAAGCGCGAAGUGGAGGCAAAGCUCAAGGACAGAGAAAGCCAGGUGGAGGCUUUGCUUCGCCAGCUUCGCUGCGCCGAAGAGGAGUCCCGUGAGUCCAUGGAGCUCAGGAGCCAGCUCCGGGAUUUUGCCGAACAGUCCAUCAACCGAGACCACGUCUUGGCGGAGAUGCGAUCCGUGUUUAAACAACAGGCGGCAGUUGAUGGACUGCAACAAGAGAGGCUCUUCAUGGUACUGGAGGAUCUGAAGAGUUUUUCGUGGAAUCGCCCAUGGCAUCCUGUUAACGAAAUGGAGGCUUCAUCCCUGAGAGGUGAUGAGUCUCCGACCGAUGUUAAUGCAUCAGCCGUCCACGUCUGCGAAGCAGGCUCUGCCGCAAAGCAGGUUCAAGUGGAUCUAGACCCGGCCAACGCUCUGCCGGUGGUGUACAGAAGACGUCUCUUGCAGCAGCUCGAAGAUCUGAACAUCGAGAAGGCGUUGCUGGAAAAGCGCGCGGCUCGAGAAGUGCAGGAUUUAGAAUCGUUGGUGAAACUCCAGCAAGAUGAUUUGCGACGAAGGCGUGAAGCGAAAAGUGACAGUCCAAAACCCUUGCCAAAGAAGCAGGAGAUGACGCAGGACUUCGUCGUUGAAUCUGACUGGCAAGGUGAAGACGAUGUGCUUCCAGUGGUUCCAGUUGAUGUUCAGAGCGCUUGGUUUGCUGCGCAGAAGGUUGAGUUCCACGACAUCAGCUCGGAUGGCGAAGAUGUCCUCGAUGCCGAGCAGAGGCCAGAGGAGGUUCAGGAGUACCCAGCUGGGCUCCAUUACGUUCAGCGUGUGGCGGAACUGGAAGCGCAGAGCGAUGAGCUGAAACAGUGCUUAGAAGCCCUUCAUGCUUCGGAGAGUGCGCUUCGCCGGGAGAGCCAGGAGAAGAAUGAUCUCAUUGCUGUGCUCCUGCGGAAGGCAAAGCUGCCCGACUCCGAGACUGGGGGCUUCAAUGCUGCUUCCCUGUGGCUGGUCAUUGCUGAGGGGUGUGGCGAAAUCGCAAAACUGCUUCCGAAGAGGUGCUUUGACCUGCUGCCUGCUGCUUCCAAGAAGACUUUUGGCCCUUUGCAUUUUUUGGCAAAGAAUGGCAAGUUGAAAACCCGAAGGAGGUCAGAGAGCUUGAGCGGAUUGUGGAAGAGACCACAGAAGACAACAUCCGGCUGA